AAGCUGGGAGAAGACACCUGGGAUGAUGAAGAGGUUGCUCUCGUUUAUUAGCAGAUGUUUAAUGGUGUUAGUGAACUUAUUAGCCGAUACAAAUGAUGACCCCGGUUGGCAUAGUGCCGAGACCAAGUAUGAUAGUACAGGGACUACAAGUAACCACAGCUUUAGUGUGCACUUCUUAGAACGGUUUUCUCGUGCAUUAGGAGGUAAGUCUUUUGUUCCUAUUGCUAAAGAGCAGCUGUCUGCUUACUGGGAUGCCCCAGAGUGGGAGAAGCGCCAUGCAGCUCCCUUUGCACUUGCUCAGAUUGCUAAAGGUUGCUCGAAGCAGGUGAUGAUUAAGGAUCUGGAGCAACCAGUGAAAAAGGUUUUAAAUUGUCUCCAAGAUCCUCAUCCUCGAGUCAGAUGGGCUGCUUGCUGCGCAAUUGACAGGUUGUCGACUGUCUACCAUCCAGAUUUUCAAGAACAAUACCAUAACCAAGUAGUUCCUGCAUUAGCUGCAACUAUGGAUCAUGUUCAUCCACGAGUGCAGAAUGGCAAACAAAUGGUCCAACAAGAAGCAUUAUAUGCAUUGUCUCGUAUAACUGAAUCUGCUAAGGAGUACUUCCGGACCUAUUAUGACACUGUUAUGCCACAGUUGAAAGCUUUCUUGAGAAAUGCAGAUCUUACAUCCGAUCUCAUUCUUCGUGCCAGAGCGAUAGAGUGCAUGAGCUGUGUUGGGUCUGCUGUUGGCAGGGAGAAAUUUAGAGAAGACGCAGAGCAGGUCAUCAAAGUGAUUAUGAUAUCAUUACAAGGAAUACAAACGAAGGGGGAUGAUUCUCCAACUGAAUACUUGCUAAGGGCAUGUGCUGCAAUUUGCGAUUGCCUAGGACAGGAUUUUCUUCCUUAUAUCCAUAAAGUCAUGCCCUUUUAUUCAAUGUGCUCAACUUGAACCUGCUAUAACCAUCUCUGUGAAGCGGAACCAAGUUGCAGCCUGUUUUAUGCUAUGCCU